AUGUCUCAAAAACGCGAUUCCGCCGUGGUCCUCGAUCACCCUGCUGAUCAGGUGGAGGAUGCAGACAUGGAUGAUUCUCAACAAAAGAUCCCUCAUAAAUCCAUCGGUCUCAUUCUGGGUUCUGAGAUUACGUACGAGAAGUCUGUGAGGAUUCGUCGCGCCGGCCGAGAUGGCGAGGUUCUACUAGUCCGCCUUCCCGAGUCUCUCAACGAUGAUUGUAACAUUGCCAACCCACCUUUCAAGUCCAUGCACUGGGUGGUAUUCAACGAGACUUCCUUUAGAAACACCUACCGAUCGGACAUCUCGGCUCUCAAGGUGAUCAUGCUACCCCUUCAGGAGAACAAGGACAUCAUUCUUCGAGCUUGCAGCUACAUGAUAGCCAAGAAGAACCGCAUGUACCUGGAGUUUCGAGGAGUGUACACCAAUGGCAUAUUCGAGAGCAAUGAGCCUUCGCGAUUCGAGAGUGCUUAUAAGAGUGGUGCGUUCAUCAGCGAAGUAGCACGUGCAGCACUCAAGCCCCGAGGUCAGCGCCUCAAGAUGAUACCUGGAGACUCUAGCCUGAUGUCCGGUAUUCUCUUGCUCGCUAGCUUCAGUGUUUUGACUGGCGAACUUCAAUUCUAUCACCCGGAAUCGGAAAGCUACUACAAGGGAAAGAUUACCAGAAACGACAUCAUUCUCUGGGAAUCUGAAGAGGCUCUAGACACGCUCUACGUCUGGAUCAUGCGCCUUAAUGCCCAUGCCGGAAGCUUUGGCUUGAACGCUUAUCGCCCCGAGAGUGAGAAGACCAAGCGCGACGGAGACCAUGCGAACAUCGGACCUGCCAUUAAGAAAGGACAAACCGAGAUCGAGGCCAAAGAUGAGGAUAAACGCAAGGAUGAAUACGAGGAUGACGACAUGAUGGACAUUUACGACUACUAA